CGCCGCCAACGGCCAGAACACAGAGCGUUUCACGCGCUGUCCAUCGCAUCCACGCUUUGACGGGCUGCGCAGUCCUGCUUCACGACUCAGCAUAUUGCUACAGCGCUCUCUUCUUCUGUUGUGCGUACCGCUGUUCGGCCCAGCCCAUGCGUUCAGUAUAUUACCCGAGACCCUCGUAACCCUCCCUCUCCGUCCUUCAACGUCUCCCGACUUCAAUACACCACCACGUCCGAGCCCGCCGAGGCCACCGUCGCUCUUUCGAAUACUCCCCACUCCGCUUCUUGCGCCCGACUUCGUUGAAUAACCCGAACACCGUCUGGGUACAUGAUACAGUAACGGCUGGCUGCCCCCCUCAGCCCUCCUCGAGCGCAUCUCGCCAUGCGCCUCCUCAGUUUAUGGGGCCUGCUCUCAGCAGCGACGCUGGGACUGGCAGGCCACCUCCCGCCGCGAAACUACAGCACCCACGACUACUAUGCUGUCCAUCUGUCCUCGUCCACGUCCCCGACGGAGCUGGCUGCGCAUCUGGGGCUGACAUACGAGGGCCCGUUCGGCGCGCUCGAGGACCACCACGUGUUCAAGGCACCCAAGCACGACAACGACGUCGUAGACGACGCAGUGCAAGAGCUCAAGAGGCGGCGGCGGAAACGAGAAGCCGGACUGGACCACCACAUCCUAGAUAACGUGCGCUUUACCCAGAAGCAGAAGAUCAAGCCACGGCACUGGAAGCGAAGCGUAAUACCAGACCUCAAAGUCGCGCGCGCUGGUCCCGACGUCCCCGCAGCUGUGAACCAGCAGCGAGAGAUUGCCCAGGCGCUUGAAAUCAAGGAUCCAAUCUUUGAGGAGCAAUGGCACAUCUUCAACGUCAAGACGCCGGGUAACGACAUCAACGUCACGGAUGUGUGGAUGCAGGGGAUCACGGGGAAGAAUGUGACCGCCUGCAUUGUUGACGAUGGCCUGGAUAUGGACAGCGAGGAUCUAAAGGACAACUUCUUCGCCGAGGGCUCAUACGACUUCAACGACCACGUCGACCUGCCGAAGCCGCGGCUCUCCGACGAUCGACAUGGCACGCGAUGCGCGGGCGAGGUAGCUGCUGGAAGGAACAAUGCCUGCGGUGUCGGUCUUGCGUACGAUGCGAAGAUCUCCGGCGUGCGCAUCCUCUCCGGCGAUAUUACAGACAUGGACGAGUCGCUUGCCAUCAACUAUGAGCUGCAGAAGAACGACAUUUACUCAUGCUCGUGGGGCCCACCUGACGAUGGUAAGACCAUGCAGGCGCCUGGCAUUCUUAUUGAGAAGGCUAUGAUCACUGCUAUUCAGCAGGGCCGUGGCGGCAAGGGCUCCAUAUAUGUGUUCGCGGCUGGCAACGGCGCAGCCAGCGACGACAACUGCAACUUCGACGGCUACACCAACAGCAUCUACAGUAUCACCGUCGGCGCUAUUGAUAAGAACAAUCUUCAUCCGUACUAUUCUGAGGCCUGCUCAGCACAGCUCGUUGUGACAUACAGCAGCGGCAGUGGCGACGCGAUCCACACCACCGACGUUGGCGCGAACAAGUGCACUGCUCAGCAUGGAGGUACCUCCGCUGCUGGCCCCAUCGCCGUCGGCGUAUUCGCACUAGCACUGCAGGCCCGCCCUGAGCUUACAUGGCGCGAUAUGCAGUGGCUCACCGUCAUGAACGCUGUACCUUUCGAUCAGCCCAGCGACUGGACGAAAACGGCGCUCGACCGCAUGUACAGCCAUCAGUUCGGUUAUGGCAAGCUCGAUGCUUAUGCAAUCGUUGAGGCAGCAAAGACCUGGGAGCUGGUCAAGCCUCAAGCGUGGUUCUACUCUCCCUGGAUGCACGUCAAGAAAGCCAUUCCUCAAGGCGACCAGGGUCUGGCCAGCGUCUUCGAGGUGACGGAGCAGAUGCUCAAGGAUGCAAACUUCGAGCGCGUCGAGCACAUUACGCUUACCAUGAACGUUGAGCAUCAGCGCCGUGGAGACCUCAGCGUUGAACUGAUCAGCCCCUCGGGCAUGACGAGCCACCUUUCCACAGCUCGUCGCGAUGACGAUGCUCCUUACGGCUAUAUUGACUGGACUUUCAUGAGCGUUGCGCAUUGGGGUGAGACGGGCGUCGGAAAAUGGACUGUCAUUGUCAAGGAUACAAAAGUAAACGACAAGACGGGCACGUUCACGGACUGGAAACUCCGCCUGUGGGGCGAAUGCAUUGAUGCUUCAAAGCAAAAGCUGCGGCCUAUGCCUACCGAACACGACGACGACGACCACAAUGUCAUCGACGACCAUCCCGCCCACACUACCUCUAUUAUUGUCCCAUCUGGUACCCCAGCCACCGACAUUCCCUCAGACCUGCCCACUCGUCCCGUGAACCAAAAACCUACUAACACGGGACAGACGGCAGUAUCUCCUUCUUCGACUGCGGCCUUCGAAUCGCCCAUCUCCGCUUCCUCAACCCCAUCUGCGACUUCUUCUCCCGACAGUUUCCUACCUUCUCCCUUCCCUACGUUUGGUGUGUCUAAGCGCACGCAAAUCUGGAUCUAUGGAAGCAUUGGGCUAAUUCUUGUUUUCUGCGCGAGCUUAGCCACCUACUUAUAUCUUGCGAGGCGGAAGAGACUUAGGUCCAGCCGCGACAACUAUGAAUUCGAAAUCCUGGAUGAUGCAGACGAUGAUGAGGGCGGCGCAAGGACGGGCAUGCUUAAUGGAGCUGCUAGUGGAAGGCAAGGCAGGAGGGCGAGAAGAGGUGGCGAGCUCUAUGAUGCGUUUGCAGGAGAGAGCGAUGAGGAUCUUUUGAGCGAGAGCGAGGACGGCGAUGGCCCGUACAGGGACCGGGAUGAGAGUCCGUAUAACGAAAAAGCACAUACGCAUGAAGGGAGCGAUGCUGGCAGCAAUGCAAGCGGAAGCUCAGGUGGGAAGAGGCAGUAGUGAGGUGUAGACGCUUAGUUGACUUCCUGUAUUUCUAUCAUUGGGUGGCGUUCAAUAGAGUCUUUGUUGAAUCCAUCCAGCUUUGAAGCUCUAGGGAUCUGAAGGCCUUCAGGAAGCUGCCUCUCGUGUCGCGAUAAAAGUUAGAUAUAAGCGCUUACUAUCCCG